ACCCUUUUAAUAAUAAGUUAAAAUGGUUUAAUUUAAUAAUUUACACCUAGAAUUCGCCCGGGGCCUAUGAAAGAGCGGGACCCACUGCGACCGCAUAGGUUGCAGUGUCCUAAGACCGGCCCUGAUACCACUCGGCCAGGCACUCAUUUUAAAGUCCUUAUCUCAUGAAACCCAUUUAAAACGUGUGCCCUAAGUAAGCUUGCCCUUUCUUCGUCCACUGUAAGUCUUAAGAACCCAGCGUUUCAACUGAGACGCAAGGGUAGAUAAUUACAUAUUUAAAUAGCGCUCUUGUAGGGGAGCUCACUAGAGAGAGCUAUAUGACGUAAACAUUACAAUUUUUACUUGUUCUUUACAACGAGUUCUAGUGACAGGAAUUCUAAUUUUCACAAACCUCACUCCAAGAUGCUGAAAGCCUGCAUUUUGAUGCUGACCUAUCUAUCGAUGGUUAAGGUCUUCGAUGUUUAUUGUAUUUUAGGCCAUGGUUCAAAUCCUUUUCAAUUUUCUUUAGCUGACAUAAUCAGUAACAUCUCAACUCAAGACUUUGAUUUUGGAAAUCUGAGUAUACCUGAAAAUGGUUUAAAAGAUAACUUGAACUUUACGAACAUUAUGUCUAGUAGCAGGAACGAAUCUGAGGUAGAUAGCAGACACUAUUUGGUGAUAUGUGAACAAUGAAACAGAAUCAAAGUGAAGAGAUUUCAAGAAUGAAACACUUUUAAGUAACAAGUUUAGACGCCAUUACAUUCAGGCCUAGACCAAAACAAAAAAUUAAAAUAAAAAUCUUGAUAUAU